CUCAGGUCCACCCGGUGUUCCCGGAUGAAGAUGGGCGCGGAGCAGAUAUGGCGGCCUUCACAAGGAAAAAUGAAGCCAAAAACACGAGAACAUCUAUACAACAUCUUUAACAGCUAAAUAAAGGCUGCUAGGAGAACCAAUUAUACAGAAAAAAAAGUCUUCCAUUUCCUUAAAGUCUUUUUUGGAAAGCACAAAUACAAAUUUAUUAGUUAGAAAAGAAGUUUUAUGAUCUUGUAUCAAGCUGGAUAUAAAUUUAAUCCAAGCCAUAAUAAAAGCACAAUACAAAAGGCUGCAACUUCAUCAGUUGGAUCCUUUGGCAAAUUUUAGAUGCAGGAAUUUGCUUGAAAAGCAGAUCUUAUUUUUGGCGACGACUUUAUUCCACCUGAUUCCUCUUUGAAAUAAAUCCAUGUACACCAAUCUAUGUCUUCCACUACAUAAUUAUUCUAUGUCUUCCAAAGAACAAAAAUUGAUAAAUUUUUAAAAGAUUUUGAAGCUGUACUUCACUUUUGAAGUUUAAAUAUAAUGCUUCAUACAAAUGGUUAUCUCGAAGUGGAAUAAAAAAAUCAAACUCUGUGGCAAAAAAGUGAAGCUUCCUAAAAAAUAUAGAUCGUUCUAUCGUCUGAUGCUCAUAAGUGGAGGUGUCUUAAUGUUCAUCUAUAUCCUCGUUGUAUUAAACUGGCAACUGAAUAGGCAAUAAUGCAUCAGCAGAAAUUAGUCAAAUACUAUGUUCCAAAUCUUUGACCUCUGAAAGGAACAACAUACAUCUUCAAGGCCAGUUACAUAACUGAAGCGUUUGAAAAUGGCGUACUAUUUUUUUAAUAUUUGGCAAACCAUCCGAUCUCACUUGCCUGGCUCUUGUGGGGAGAGGACAGAACUGGACCAUUUCGCCAAGCAUGGCCAAGGCAAAUCCGACACAGAGAUGGCCUCUUAUCGCCAUUACGAGGGCACUGAGGAUGGCGGUGCCCCAAGAAUUGCUGGAACAGAAGACUAUGAUACUGACGUCCCGCCUAGAAAAGCAUCAGCUGGAGAGUUCGAAAGUGAAUUUGGUGGUAAAGGAGGAUCGAAGAUUGACGAAUGGCAAGCUGGAUGGAAUGUUACAAAUGCUAUACAGGGAAUGUUUAUCGUGAGUCUACCUUAUGCAGUGCUCUAUGGUGGUUACUGGGCAGUCUUCUCGCUAUGCUUUGUUGCCUACAUCUGUUGCCACACCGGAAAAAUCCUUGUUGCUUGCCUCUACGAGCUGAACGACCGCGGCGAGAUGGAAAGAGUCCGAGACAGCUACGUCGACAUCGCAAAGUGCUGCCUUGGCGAGCGGUACGGCGGAAAAAUCGUCAACAUAGCUCAGAUCAUUGAACUCCUCAUGACUUGUAUCCUAUACGUAGUCCUGUGCGGGGAUCUCAUGAUUGGAUCGUUCCCGGAAGGCCCCAUCGAUCAACGAUCUUGGAUGAUGAUAUCUACCAUGUUUCUACUCCCUUGCGCGUUUCUGAAGAAGUUGACUGCCGUCUCCUGGUUGAGUUUCUGGUGCACAAUGGCCCACCUGUUGAUUAAUGUCAUUAUCCUCGGGUUUUGUCUGAUUAAAGCACCCGAGUGGCAAUGGUCUAAAGUCACCUUCUCCAUCGAUGGAGCCAUGUUCCCAGUCACCUUGGGAAUCGUGGUCUUCAGCUAUACGUCGCAGAUCUUCUUGCCAAGUUUGGAGGGCAACAUGAAAGACCGAUCCAAGUUCCACUGCAUGUUGGACUGGAGUCACAUCGCAGCAGCAGCCUUCAAAGGGGGUUUUGCGUGGCUGGCGUUUCUGACUUUCGGCGAAGAAACACAAGAGGUCAUCACCAACAACCUGCCCACCAAAGGCUUCAAGAUAAUUGUCAACUUGAUCCUUGUGAUAAAGGCUCUACUGUCGUAUCCUCUUCCUUACUUCGCAGCAGCGAAUCUCCUGGAAUCAGCCCUGUUCCAAGGCCCACCGAAGACGAAAUUCCCCUCCUGUCUAGCCCAAGAUGGUGAGCUCCGGAUCUGGGCAGUGGCUUUGAGAGUUUUAUUGGUUAUCGUCACCAUGCUGCUGGCCAUCACCAUCCCACAUUUUGCUAUCUUGAUGGGACUGAUUGGCAGUUUCACUGGCACCAUGCUGUCCUUCGUGUGGCCUUGCUACUUUCAUAUGAAACUCAAGCGGAACGACAUGACCAGAUGCGAAGUUGCUUGGGAGACUUCCAUCAUAUGUAUGGGGGUCUGUUGCGGUGUAGUUGGAAUCUACUCUUCGGCCAAAGCACUUGUGGCUGCAUAUCACAUUCCUUUACCAUAUCCUCAGAUUAGACCGACUUGAAAGGUUUCGUGAGACUUUAAAUUUAAUUGAAAUUUACUAUUUAGUUAAACCUAGAAUUAUAUGAAUGUUUCAUGAAUAUUCUGGAAACAAAGAGGUUUCCGGAAAAAAUUCAACUGCUUCCAGAAGAACCAAGGGCAUCUCCUUGGAUGAUAAUAUUAAUGAUAAAUUAUGUAGGUAAUAAACAAAAAAUAAUUCAAUUUGAUUUUAAAUACAUAUCCAAAAUGAUUGGAUAAUUUUCUAGUCGUAGUGUGGUGCUACAAGGUUUAAUAAUUCUACGUGAUAAUUGUCUUCCAGUGUUGUUGUUGUUGUGUAUAUUUGUGUCUUCCG